GGAACAGGACAUUCCUGGACCUGCGAUGGCCGCCGCAAUCGCCGAUGAUGAGCAUGUGAUGGUCAAACUUGGCGGGUUGCAGAACAAAGCAUGGGCGUCGGACACGUCCAAGUUCGGAUACAAGAUGCUCGAGAAGAUGGGGUGGAAGGCUGGCCAAGGUGUCGGCAAGGAUCUCCAAGGUCAAGCGACCCACGUCACGAUUGUCAAGCGUACGGAAGGUCUAGGUAUCGGCUGCAGUCUCAAGCAAGCCGAAGUCACGGGGUGGAGCUCGACGAGCUCAAACUUUGCCGACGUUUUGGCUGCGUUGAACAAAUCGUACGGCACUGCUGCUACGACAGCAGACUCGUGCAAGCCAGCCAAGAAGGAGAAGAAGGCAAAAAAGGAAAGCAAGAAGGAAAACAAGAAAACCUCGAUCAGUCGAAGGAUCUUGUAUGCCAAGCGUAUCAACAACAAGAACGCCACCGCGUACGAUGCCAAGGCGAUGGCCGCAAUCCUAGGAGACGCUGUUGGAGCCUCUGGAUCAUCCGAUGACACCAAUGAGAAUACGUCGUCUCAAACGGUCAGCGAAGUUGAAGAAGAGGAAGCGGCACGACAGCGAAAGAAGGCCCGAAAGGAGGCCAAGAAGGCCAAGAAGGCGGCCAAGGAAGCCAGCGACUAGCUCUGAUAUCUAUCCCUAUUUUAUCCCGUCGUAUAUGUCAUGUUGACAUGUUUCGUCCUUGGAGCAAUAUAAUUUAUACGUCGAA